AUGGUAAUUCCGUUACUAAUUUUAAAUGUCUGUUCAUUUAUAUCAAACUAUCCAAUGCCAGAAAUUGAACAUUUAACAAAUCUUGAGUUGGCAAAAUUGUUAGGAUUGGAUAAUUAUACAAUUGAAAAUUAUGUUGUUGGACAAAGAACAAGAACUAACGACCUAUCAAUUUUUACUGCAAAUUAUGCUUCAGUAUUAACAAUAAUUAAUUAUAUAAUAAUUAUUUUUUGUGGAAUAAGUAUUCAAAUACAUGUUUAUCGUCAUUGUAAAGGUGUACAAAUGACUCAAUUACGUAAUAUGAAUAAACAAAUAAGUAUUGUUUUAGGGGCACAGGUAAAGCUAUAUGUACAUCAGAGGCGGGUCGGAAUUCCGAUUCCUCUAUCUUAACGACCGUCUUCACUAGAGCGACCCUCUCAACAUUCUAAAGCGACUCUCCCGACCCCUCUCUGAAGUCGAAUUUGAAGCGAAUGCUUCUAAUGCCUCGUUUUUAACCCCGUUUUUCUACGAAUUCCCUCCAACGUCCAACAACACCAAUGGACCACC